GAUAAUUCGUAUACCAAAUUCACCAUGUUGCCAGAACCAUCCAAGUUCAAAAUCAACACCCAAUUCUUCUCGCCACACGAUCUAAAUCUCUUUGUGGAAAGUUUGGAGACCAUACGCCGUCUGACAAUCGAGAAGCAGGAGCGGAAACAACAACGCAAGGCUGCCCAGUUGGCCAAGGCCGCCAGGACUUUCAAUACCCUAACACGUAUCCAUUCGGAAUCCUGUCUCGAUCGCUCCUCGGCCGAUGAAAUUGAAGAGGAGCCAGCCAUUAUGCAUUUGGAAAAUAAAAAGGUACCCUCCACACCGGAUUCACAGCGUUCGCAAUACGAUGAAUCCUAUUUCUCCGCCCCGAACAGUGCCCAAUCCUCACCACGCAACAGUGUCAUCUAUAAUCAACAACUCAACAAAGAUUCCGAUGGCUCAUUGCUCUCAAUUACCAUUUCCACAGAUUCCGAAGAGUCUGGAGUCUUCCCAAUCGGUGCCUCUUCCCAAGAUCUCUAUGAUGCCGCGGCACAAAAUUCUCCCAUACGACCCCGUUCGAAAUUAGUCAACAAAAAGAGAUCCCUUUCAACCCGAUCCCGUCUCAUUGGAUUGGUGUUGAAAAAGGAAACUGCACCGAAGACCCCAGUCGUCCAACUGCUCUCCUGUCGUCCUCUAGAUGAAUACGAAACGCUAGAGAUGUACGAACAGGAACAGCAACAACAACAGCUUAAUAAUGUUUUGCAAGCCGAAACCGAAAAGUUGUCGCGAUUCUCCACUCUCCACAUGCGGAAAAAGUCUAGGCAGGGUUUUGCCUGUGCCGAUGGUUCGUCCGAAGAACGAUUCCUCGACAAAGCCCUGCGCUAUUUGACUUUGUGA